AUGGCAGCAUUCAUCAAAAUCAAACGAGUUACCGAUCCACUCAACCACGAAGCAAGAGCUCGAAUAGUCGGUGGUAAUGUCAGUAGCGGUAGCGAACACAUGAUCACUACUCAUUACGAAGAAGACGAUACCGAUUCUCCCUGCCUCUCCAAUCUCGUUAACCGUUUUCUCGAAGACGAAGAAGAAGAAGACGAGUUCAAAAACCGAGCCAACGAGUCCGAUUCCGAUGAAGAUCUACUCAUUUCGCCUGCGGAUGACUCCGCAGAGGAAUUAGUUACUCGAAUAAUCUCAUCCAAUGUCGAUUCGUUCAGGAACUUGAUCAUGUUCAACGUUUCGAAAGCAGUUACGCUGUCGCGAUCUAACGAUUUGGAUAAAUCGAUUUUCCGGCGUAAUGUGAUGGCGUUUCUGAGAGGAUUAGGUUAUAAUGCAGGUAUAUGUAAAGUGAAAUGGGAGAGUUCUGGAGGAUUAACUGGCGGAUGUUAUGAAUACAUCGAUGUAAUCAGAUCUGAUACUGGUAAACGUUAUAUUGUGGAUCUGGAUUUCGUUGGUGAAUUUGAAAUUGCGCGGCCGACGCAGAACUAUUCGAGGAUUUUGCGAUUGUUGCCGAUUGUUUUUGUAGGUAGAGUUGAGGAAUUGAAGAUGAUUAUUCAUGCUAUGAGUAAUGCGGCGAGACGAUCGUUGAAGAAGAGAGAAUUGAGUAUUCCGCCAUGGAGGAAGAAUCGGUAUAUGCAGAAUAAAUGGUUUGGUCCGUACCGCCGGACUUCUAAUGUAAUUCCGGCGACGGCGACGGCGACUUUGAAUCCGGCGUUUACGGCGAAAUGUUUUUGUGUGGGGUUUGAUGCUGUUAAUGACGGAACUAGUAGAUAUUCCGUUAAAUAAUAUAUGUUUUUUUAUUUUACUUUUUAUUUUGUUUAA